AUGGUGUCGGGUCUUGGGAUAAACCAUCACAAGAGCAAGAUUAUUGGUAUUAAUGUUAGUGAUAAAUUUUUGGAUAUAGCUUCUAACUUUUUAUCUUGUAGGAGGGAGGAAAAUCAUUUCACCUUUCUUGGCAUUCCUAUUGGGAAGAAUCCUCGUUGUAUGUCUUCUUGGAAUAAUGUCUUGAACAAAAUUAAGCCUCGCCUUUUAAAUUGGAAGGUGCGUUCUUUAAGCUUUGGUUGUAGAUUGACUCUCCUUAAGCCCGUUCUUUGUAGCCUUUCUAUUUUCAUGCUUUCUUUUUACAAGGCUCCUUUGAAAGUUGUGAAGGAAAUUACGAGGUGGAGGAUUCUUGGAGGGUCUGAAGCCCUUUGGUAUAAAGUGUUGAAAGCGAGGUAUGGUGACAUUAAUCUUCAUGUUAUUACUAAUGGUGGGAAUAGCAAAGGGGCUUCAAAUUCCUUGUGGUGGAAAGAUAUUAUGUCCUUCGAGAAAAUUUACAACGUAGAUAUUUUUGCUAAUAAUUGUUCUUUUAAAAUCGGUAAUGGUUUUACUUCUUCGUUUUGGCAUACAAAUUCGAAGGAGGAUAAGUGUAUUAAGGAGUUAUUCCUGGUUGUCUAUAAUCUCUCCAAUCUUAAGCAUGUAGCGGUCGCGGGGAUGGAUGGUUGGGUGAAUGGUUUGUGGGAGUGGGGGAUUUCGGUAAUGCAGAGGCUAAUAGAUUGGAGGAUGUUUCGGUUGCGGUUCAGCAUCUAA